AUGAGUAGUGUGUGGAAUUUAAACCUCUUCGGGCUAAUCCUGGUACUGUGCACUGUCCUCACCAAACUGGCGGCCGCCACCGAUAACGCCACCGAAGAAGGACGUUUCUUCCUGUGGGGUAGACCGAUCCUGAUUGUUCCACCUACUUCGCCAACCCGUCAUCAAUUUAUUGCCGGUAUUGGUAUCCCGCUUGCAGCACAUGAAUCACUCACCUUCGGGUGGGUUCUUAAGGCACAAUACUUCCUACCGACCGAGGUGAACCAACUGAGGCCGAAUUUUUGGGAAGGUUGGAACGAUACUCGACGGUCACUGGAAAAACGAGACGUAUCGUCUAACCAACACUUCGAGAAUUACACAGUUGCAGAAGUCAAAAUUAAGACAGAACAAUUGCCCGAACCAAAAUUGCCAAACGGCGAAUAUGAUGACGAUUCGGAGGACGAUUAUUUCGACGAUGGCGAUGAAAACUACUGGCGAGACGAGGAGGAAGAAAAACGAAUCCAGGAGGCUAGUGAAUGGUAUCCACCACCCGCCACAGAGACUCCUGCUGACAGGGACGGUUAUCAGGUUGAGAAUUCCCGAUGGACGACCUACAAGGUAAUGGAAAAGAUGGGCGAAAACUAUGGCUUCGGAGGACGGGCUUGUAUGCUGCGGAGUAUUUGCGAAGCGGCCGCAGCCGAGUUUACACAUACUGCUGGUGUGUUCUCCGAGCUAUUUCACAUCAUUUUUACGCCAUCUACUACAUCGGAACCAAUCUCGGAGCACAGUGACAAUGAGUACUACCGGGCUGAACAACUGGGACGAGAAGGAGCCCCUUGUCAUCAGGUGUUCAGUGAAUGUAAAAAUACGAUUUUGGAUGUAUUUACUGGUGUACAUGAUCCAAUUACCAAUCAUUUGACUGUUGCUCACGAUCAGUUACAACAUGCGAUCAUGAAACGAUAA